AUGGAUACCGAUGUGGUGGCUCAGUUUACUGAAAUCACCGGCUCCACGCCGGAGCUCGCCAUACAGUACCUUCAAAUCGCAGAAUUCAAUAUUGAGCAAGCGAUGCAGCUCUUCUUUGAAAAUGGGGGCGCGCCAUUGACUAGCGAGCCUUCUCAGCCUCGAGGCUCCGGGGUUCCUAACGAUUCGGAGGUGGUGACUAUUGACUCGGACUCUGAUGAUGAUACCCCACGACAGCGCGCGGUCCCCGCCUUCGAUGAUGACGAGGCUAUGGCUCGUCGCCUGCAGGAGCAAAUGUACGGAGGUCCGAACAAUGAAGAUGAAGUGAGGGCGCCGAUGGCGCGCACGACAGAAACAUUGGUGGGGCCCGGUGCGGACUAUGAUGAUGAUGGUGAUGACAUGCACACCAAUAUUCUCAGUCAACUUCGAGCUCGUCAAAGAGGGGGCCGGGCCGGAAUCUUCAAUCAGAGAGAGUCAUCUUCGAUAUGGCAAGGCAGCGAGAAUAGUCGUCGCGAAGAGCUUUCUGCUGCCACCGGAGGCGCCUCAGAUGCCUCAUCUAAAUCCAACAUGCUUGCCGAGAUGUACCGGCCUCCGUUUGAGAUAAUGUCACGAUUCUCCUGGGAUGUGGCACGCGAUGAAGGAAAGGACAAUGAAAAAUGGCUGCUCAUCAACGUUCAAGAUGCCUCGGUUUUUGACUGUCAAGUGCUCAACCGUGAUUUGUGGAAGGAUGCCGGUGUGCAAGAGACUGUCAAGGAGCAUUUCAUUUUCCUGCAAUACUCCAAGGACGACCCCCGUGCGUCUUCCUACAUCCAAUAUUACUUCCAAGGAAGCGACGUCUCCGAUAAUUACCCCCACAUUGCCAUUGUCGACCCACGAACCGGUGAACAAAUGAAGAUCUGGUCUGGUCCACCUCUGGUCAAGCCCGCCGACUUCCUCAUGCAACUCCACGAAUUUCUCGAUCGGUACAGCUUGAACCACAACGUGCGCAACCCUGUUGCGAAGAGGAAAUCCGAAAAGAAGGACAAGAACAUUGAUGCCAUGACGGAGGAGGAGAUGAUGGAAAUGGCCAUGAGAAACAGUCUUGGUGGGGCUGGAGAAUCUGGCCCAGCACUUGAAGAUCCCGACGAUUUGACGCGCAGUACAGGUGAUAUUAAGGGCAAGAGCCGGGCCACGGGCGAGGCGGAUGUCAGCAUGGACGAGCCAGAGCAAGCUGCGGAAGUCUCUCCAUUUGCAUCCAUCCCCAGCGAUAAGCCACACACUGAACCUGAUGCGGAUCCCACUACGACUACUCGUAUCCAGUUCCGACACCCAUCAGGUAGAGUGAUCCGGCGAUUCGCAUUGUCUGAUCCAGUCCAGCGAAUUUACGAAUGGCUCAAGGCCGAACCCCCCUUGGAGGGCAAGGCUGGUGUGGAGUUUGACUUGAACAGCAUGGGCCGUAAUCUUAUUGAUCAACUUUCUACAAACAUUGCGGAUGCAGGACUCAAGAAUGGCACUGUGAUGAUUGGAUAUCUGGAAGAGUGA